AGACGGGUGACUGACGCGUCGGCGGCAGGCAGGUUUGGCGUUGAGAGAGAGCGGGGGGGGAGCUUAAACCGACUUUAGAAACUCUCGGUCUACAAAACCAUGGCUACCGAACGUCUCCUUCUCCUGCUCAUGAACACAGCGGCGAUCGCAGCGGUGGGGUCCUCGCCCUAUUACCUGUUUGUCAGCAGCAAUGGUCCCAUCACCACAGGUGCCCGGGGAUCAGUGGAGGCCAGUCUGGUGCCCGGAGCUGGGAUGGAGGCGGCUUUCCUGCCCCCCACCGACUAUCUCUCCUUCCACUGGGAGGUGCAGAGGCCACUGUCCGUGGUGAGUCGGUGGCGGCGGGGAGCUCUGAUCAGUUCCCUCAUCGUCCGCAGCCACGUCCCGGGGCUGUACAUACUCCGCGCCUGGGUGAGGAGAGUGGACUGCCUGAGAUGUCUACCCCUGGCCCACACUGCCACCACCCUGCAUGUUACAGACUCUGUAAUAGGAACCUUGUCACUGACGCAACUGAAUAGGAGUGUCACUUCUACAAACAUCGGGUAUGAACUGGCCACAAAUACCCCAACAAAAAUCUCAUUCAUCCUCUACGACCCCAGCAGAUACUUCAGCUCCUCUUUCUUCCGCUUCCGUUGGCACUUUGGAGACGGGGAGAGGAGAAUCACAAAUGAUUCCUACGCAUUCCACAUCUACCCGAGGGCAGGGAUAUACCAGGCUCAAGUUGAAGUCUACGUAUACCUCAGCCAUUCCCAAUGGAAGAGUGGGACUUUUGGAGCCACGUUGAACCUUCUGGAUCCGAUCAACGCCAUAGAGGUGAGGAAUGCAGACGGCGAGCAUCCAAAAGACAUCAUGGACUUCCAUCUGCAUGUAAACGGCAGCCCACCGCUGACCAUCUGCUGGUCAGUCUCUGCGAACUGUAUCCGUGCAGUUGGUCACGCAUGUCACACGGUGCUACUGGAGAGGUCACGGGACUGUCACGUGAGAUACCCCAUGAGCGAAGCGGAACCUUACACACUCAACGUACGGGCUGAGAACGGGGUGAGCUCCCUGCAGACCUGCUACAAGAUAACUCCGUGGCGUAAGGGCAUUCACCCGGUGUGGUUCAUCAUCCCCGGUGUUACCCUGCUCACCAUCGUCCUACUCAUCAUCUUGUCCACCACCAUGAGGAGCAGCAGAUCCCAGAAGGACUUGGUUGAGGUGGCGGAUUUUGAUUUCUCUCCAUCCGGGGUGAAGUCGUCAGGGUGGGGACGAGGGGAGAUCUUUCCCUUGUGCUGCGGCCCCAGCCAGUCCCAGGCUCGUCAGUCCCACAGUCGCACCACCAGGGAAGGCCGCUCCCUCCUGCACUGCAGCGGCCCCCCGCCCCUGGAUUACCGCACCUGGAAACACCUGCACCCCGCCGACCCCGGUUCCAAUCCCGCCACCUGCUCAGUAGCGCAGCGGUAGAGUUGCUGCCUCACAGCGCCAGUCGCGGGUCCAAUCCUGGCGACGGGUGCUGUCU